CUUUCGAAAUAUUCUUAAACUUAUAUAUUAUUUCGAUGGAAAACCGAAUUGUACUUCUUUAAAAAUGGCGUAGACAAUCCUUAAUUAGCUCGACAACGUUAAUUAAGGAAAAGGGUUUCAUGGAUGAACCUGGAAACUCCCAAUGCUGCCAAACUAUUUUAGGGGGGAUUUUUCAGGCUUUGUGGGUGGGUUUUCCGGGGUUAUUGGCCAAGCCCUAGAAUUUCCCUGGACUUGGCAACACCGCUUCCCGGUCGUAGCUGUGUUGAAGUGACGUGAACAUAGUUUUUCUCAAUUGCACGUAGGUUUCGCUAUAAUGCUAGUCACAAUGUAGUGAUGUAUAAGGUUAUGUUGCCGUCGCAUAUACAGCUCACUGAUCGAGUAAAAUGUGUCUGAAAUGUGUUUUGACGUUUUGGGCACUCUGUCAAGUCAUCAAACAAGGUGCGUGUCUGGGUUCCGGGAAGGGAACAGCACCUCUGGAGCCAUCUGAGCCUGUAGCCAUGGGAACGGAUCAGUUCACUUCACUCCUGAUAAACUUGAUACAAUUGGAGCUGACCUGCUUUAUUUCAUGUCCAAGGCAUUCUCUGCUACAUCAGAAGGCCAGCACACUGGAAGAAGUGUGGUUUGGUUAGAAAGCUUGACCAACUGUAUUUAAACUCGUGUUUUCACCACCCCUCUCUCUCUAGCCCACCCAGCUGAUUCCUGCAGCCCUGUAGUCCAGAUCAAACCCCACGCAGGAUUCCUGAUGGUCAACAUUGGGAAAAACUGUCUUUGGGAGGAACAUGGGGACCAUUGUCAUUAUGUGGUCAACUACGGUAGAGAGGGGGAGAAGCUCGAAGAGUAUGUCUCCAAAUCCCCCGAGACCCUCCGAGGUCUGGAGAUUGGGGGGAGGUACUGUGUACAGGUCCGCUAUGUCUGUUACCACAACCCCUUUGGAACCUCUAGCCCCCUACAGUGUGUAUCCAUCCCAGAGUCAGAAAGGACAAGGCAUAUUAGGAUUGUGGCUAUCAGUGUGACCCUUACCAUCCUGUUGGGAUUCUUGGUAGUGGGCCUUGCGUUCAUCUACAGGCACCAUGAGAAAAUUAAACAGAUCCUUCAACCCCCACUACAGCUACCAGACCACUAUCGUGAGUACCUAUCAGGGGACUUCCCCCAGCAGGCCCUGUCCAUCACAAGAACAACCAGGGACUGUGAAGGAAGCCACGAUCUCAUCUCCAUCGCCUGCUGUGAAGAGGACCAGUCUGACAGAGAACAGGACUAAUUCACCUACUGAACUGGAGUCAUCCUCUGGCCCUUUAGAUCAUUACCCGUGAUCCAUUGAUCCUGUGACUUCAGACAAGACAUGAGCCUUUCACACUCACUGGGAUUUUAAGUUGAACUUGAUAACGUCAGUAGAUGAACUGUAGUAGGCCUAUGACUGUUUACACUUUGAAGCCAUUGCUUGCAUCAGCUACAAACAUUGCGUUUGAUCAAAAGAUAACUAUUUUACAAGAAUCUGGGAACUUCUCUAGGCAUGUUAGUAUGCUCUGCUGCAGAGGACAGAGACAGGUGCAUAUGGCUCGCUAAUUAGACCUACCCGGUAAUGAUUUGUUUUGAUAAUAUCGUGUCAUCAGGUCAUCCAGCUUAAGACAGAACCACUUUAUUAAAAAGUCAUUUGACAUGCGUCCUUGGGCCAGGACUUUCAUGUAACAUUUGGGCUGUUUAAUAAUGGGAUUACUAUGUUCAACUGUGUAUAUCACACUAUUUCUUCAGUUUUUUUUACUGAACAUAUUAGACAAGUACUAGUAGCAAGGUUAAGGCACAUAUUGUAAUUUACUAAUCAAUGAAAUUACAGUUUGAGGUAUACAUGGUCAAAAGUUGGCUGAAGGGCUGUAUUAAAAUGUGAAAACAGACAUAGGACAAGUUAUUGAGACUUAUCUAUGCUUGCACUUUAUAUGAAAAUGUACCUCUAGCAUUAUAUUGAUUGAAUGUAUUAACUUUGUUGUAUUACUUUAUGCUAAAAACUGUUCAAGUCAAGGUGAAAUUGGAAAAGUGUGUGUUACAUUGACUUUGUUUUUGAAUGAAUAUUCUACAUUGAUGUGAAAGUGCCAGGGCUUUGACCCACAAAUGAUUUGAUACGGGGUUUAAAUAAAUAAAACACAGCCAUUUUGAUA